AUGAAGUUGUCGUUCACCCACGCAUCCGAGGCUGCUGUUAAUUUUUUCUCGCCGGCCUGCAAAAUCUAUGGUGGAAGCAUGAUUUCUCCGGUCACUUUUGUGAAUCAUUGGCAUAUAAAAGCAUCAUUAGAAUUCCAACAGGAAAAAAAUCUUUUGAUGAUAACAAAGUCAGAAUUUAGGAUGGAGCUUAAUAUAACAAAAGACUUCAUACACGACUAUGUCACAAUAGAUAUGCAAAACAGUUACACCUUUUUGUACUUUAAUGUGAGAUCUAGCCCUAAAUUAUUCAAGGACAAAUAUUUUCACAAGCUGGAUGAUGAACCAAGACCAGUUCGGAUACCGGCCAGUAAAGCUGGCUUUUCGAAAUUUGGUUAUUUAGAUUGUUUUAGUCUGAAGCUUAGAACUGAUUGUCUGGUAAUGGCUAGGAUAAUUUGGUAUAUACAGUACCGAGGCAUUCAUAUUGUUUACGCACGAAUGAAAGUUGAAAAUCCCAAGGAAGAGAUUAAACCAUAUUUUAGAGAUUUUGAAUUAGAGUACGCCUGGAAAUCGUUGUUUUCUAUGGGAUAUAAAGUUAUGGAUCACAUUACUCGAGAAAUCAUACAUGAACUGUACCAAAGAAAAGUAACAGCACAAGUGCUUUUCAAAAUGAUGGAAAACGUUGCUGAGAAACCCUUCUUCCAUUUUAUUGAACAGGUAAAUGCAGCGAUGAAAAUGAUUGAUCAUGAGAGUCCUGAUAAUGGGGCUGACAAUCUUCAAAAUUAUUCAAUGGUAAGGAGGGUAUUGCUAACACCAACGAAAUUUAUUUUCAUGCCUAAGGAACCAGUAUUUCAAAAUAGAAUUUUUCGCCAAUACAAUGAAGAUUUCUUUGUUAGGCUUGUGUAUAGAGAUGAUAACUUUGAAAAAAUCAGCUCAAUGCAGUCGAGUACACUUAGCGAUGUAUUAGUUGAUAUGAAACGGAUUUUCGUGGACGGUUUCACCAUUUAUGACCGCCAUUACUCGUUUUUAGGCUGUUCCAACAGUCAACUUCGAGAAUAUAGUUUUUGGUUCUUCAGUUCGUAUGGUGGAAUUACAACAGAAUCAAUUAGACAAAACGCUGGUGACCUAUAUAAAGAAAGAUGUGUUGCUUCAUAUGUAUCCCGUUUUGGACUCUGCUUUUCAUCAUCUUUCCACACGUUAAACAUAGGAGAAAAUGCGGAAGAGGUACAUUAUGAGAGUGAUGUCAAAAGAAAUGGAUUUUGCUUUACCGAUGGCAUUGGAAAGAUUUCAACAAAACUCGCUGCCAAGGUUGCCAAGGUAAUGAGACAGAAGGCCGUACCGUCUGCGUUCCAGAUACGCUAUGGUGGAUGUAAAGGUGUGGUCGCACAAGAUCCCUCUUUGGGAACGGAGAGGGAAGUUCUUGUCAUUAGGGAAAGUAUGAAAAAGUUUGAAUCCAGUUCUACAAGUCUGGAAGUCUUACAGGUCUCACGUCCAGGACGACUUCACCUGAAUAGACAAGUUAUAACGUUGUUAUCUGGACUUGGAAUUCCAGAUGAAAUAUUCCAAGAACUCCAAGAGACGAUGAUAUUUGAUUUGGCGGAUAUGUUUCUCCACGACGACAAGGCUCUGUCGAGUUUACAAGAGUUAUCACUAGCAACAGAUUUUAAAAGACUACUUGACAAAAAGGUAAGCAUCGUUCGAGAGCCUUUCUUACGGUCUCUACUUUUAGCAAUAUUUGAACAGAGAGUGGAUGAUCUUAAGAAGAGAUCACGGAUUCAAAUACCAUUGGACAAAGGAAGGUACAUGAUGGGAACUUCAGAUGAAACUCAAUCUCUUAAGUAUGGACAAGUGUUCAUUCAGUAUUCGAAAGAAAUAAACCAGCCCGUAAAAGAUGUUCAGAUUGUUCAAGGGAAAGUAGUGGUCACAAAGAAUCCAUGUUUCCAUCCUGGGGAUCUCCGAGUUUUUGAAGCAGUAUAUAUUCCUGCUCUUAAGCAUAUGGUAGACUGCAUUGUUUUCCCUCAGCUUGGUUCCCGACCUCAUCCCGACGAAAUGUCUGGAUCAGAUCUUGAUGGUGACGAGUAUUUUGUUUGCUGGGAUGAAAGGUUUCACAGAAUUGAAAAUAGAGACCCAAUGGAUUUCCCAAAGGCAGAGAAAAUUUUUUUAGAUUCUGAUGUUCAGCUGACUCAUAUUGUUGAUUUUUUGGCCAAUUACAUAAAAAAUGACAACUUAGGAAUCAUAGCUAAUGCUCACCUAGCUAUGGCAGACAGUGAACAAGAAGGCAUAUUUUCGGUCUCCUGUCUUGAACUGGCACAAAAACAUUCCGAUGCGGUUGAUUUUCCAAAAACUGGGAUAUUUGCACAAAUGGACACAGAUAUUCGUCCUCAAAAAUAUCCAGAUUUUAUGAUGAAAAUUGAUAAAUUGCCAUAUUACUCGCCCAAAGUCCUUGGAAAAUUGUACCGCCAGUGUACGCAAUUACACCAAGUCACCCAAAGAGAGAAUGCUUUUCGAAUAGAUUUCCAAAUUGAUGAUGACUUUGUAUCGUCAUUGACUACCAAGGAAACUGAAGAUGGAAAUUUACAAAGAAAUCUCUAUAAUAACAAAUUGAUAGACAUAAUGAAUGAGUAUGGCCUGAAAACUGAAUCUGGGGCAAUCAGUGGGAUUAUACAAACACUGAGACAUAAAAGGGGAUUUCUGAAAGACGAAAAAUUUCAGAUAGGGAAAAUAGUCCGUGAAAAAGUAUCUAUGCUAUUUAAAAGAACAAGGGCGAUUUUCUUUGAAGAAUUUGGUGGAGAAGAAAUGAAAAAUGAGUCAUUGGAACAAAUGAUUCGAAAGGCCUCAGCAUGGUACACUGUUACAUAUAAAAAUCAGACAAGGUCCAGUCGUCUUCUAUUAAGUUUUCCAUGGAUUGUUGCUGAUAUUCUAUCAUUGAAGAAGUACGAGCAAAUACAAAUCAAUUCCUUAAAGAGAAUAGAAUUAUCCCUGGAAAAGAGAAUGAAACAAUCGGAGAAAGAUCGAAUGAAAGGUUUAAGUGCUUACAAUGUUUGCGUUCAAUUGGUUGAACAAAAUAUACCCCGUAACCUGCAUUUAGAAUGGCUUGCUUUAUCUGGAAAUGGCAUCGUUCUACCUGGUGAUCACAAUCAGUAUUUGGGAAUGACAAGAGGGGACUUAAAACCAAUAAUCUCAACCAUACAGAGGCUUUCAAAUUCUACUAUCCCUAUAGAAAUCGAUACAUUUAGUGGAAAAUUAUGUUUUCCUUUUAAACUUGAAGAUGGUAUGGAUGGAUUGAUAAUAAUCAUUACAGAUGACAUGAUUAUAAAUAAAAGCAAAAUCGUCAAUAAAGUGCUCGAAAAAUAUUCAUUUCUAACAUCGGAUGUCCAGUUCCUUACUGAGGAAUUUCGGGAAAGUUUAACAGUAGAAACAUCCGGACAUGAAGAGAAGGAGCAAUUUAUCACGUCCGAAUCUAUGCUAUUGCCAAUCGAGUCUCGGAGUGCGAUUGAGUUCGCGACACCUUAUGUAGAAUUCAAAUUAAAGGAAAAGACUGGCGCAGACAUUUUUAUCUACUCUGUAGAGUUCAAGAAAUUUAUGGCUUUGAAACUAGAAGCAAUAGGCACGAAUCUCCAACUUGAGCAGGUCUAUAAGGCUCUAUAUGAUAUGUCGACAAAUUCUAUUGCUAAAGGCAUCACAUAUGCCAAAUUUGGACAAACGAUGCAUCAUAUAGAAAAACCUAAAUACCUUCCAAUUUUGGAAUCUCACAGUGGGACAAAUGAUGGAAACAAUUUUCAAAAAGCAUUCCAUUCACAGUGGAGAAAAAUCAGAAAUGAUUACAGGGAUGUUUUUCAUGGUGAUCUGGGCAUUGCUCUAGUAUUUGGAGCAUUUUAUGUUAUGGACAUUAAUGAAAAUCAUACGACAGUUUCAGAAUUGAAUGAUCAUUUGAGAAACUUUGAAGAGAGGCGUUGUCGUGGCUAUAAAAUGGGAUGUGUACCUUACUCUUUCUCGUUUCUACCUAUGUAUAAACAGACAGGAGACCUGAAGACAAUUCUCAAAACAAAUUUUGUCAAAAUCAAUACACAGAGAACAGUAAAAGUGAGAAUUGGUAACGAGGGUCUUUUCGAUUUCGAUGAACAUUUAAAUAUCCUGCGAUAUAAUGCUCCUGAAAUAAAAUGGUUCCUUGGUCAAAUAAUCCGCUUACAUUCACCCGACAAUUCUCAUGCAGAAUAUGGUGCUAGGUGCAAAAUUCUUUCGAAUAGGAAUUUGACGAAGAAAACCUUCAUGGAAAUGAAAGGAAACGAAUGGCUUCAACAUAGUACUAGACCUCUCAUACAGAGAACCGGGGAUGACUUUUCCGUACGUUCUGAUCGUGUUACCUAUAUAAGGGAAAAAGAAACAGCAAUAUACUCAAAUGUAGACUUAAAAUUAGAAAAUAAAGUCUGGCGUACAAUGCAAAUAGAAGUUUGUAGAGUGAAAGAGUACGAUAUUGACCAACUGACCCAUCGAUCCAAGAAAAUUUCGGAGAGGACAGAACUAGCAAUAAUACCGUACAUUCCUGAUAUUAGGUCCUCUGACGAUGAGAUAAACAAGUAUUCCGAUCAAUUGUGGGAAAUUGCUCUGUAUUUUGGAAGAAAAAUUUGA